UGAGAGCUGAAUGACGCCCCGGAUCACGGUCUCACUUCCUCAUGUGCAGCUGCAGCAGAGCAGCUCAGAGACGACCACGCUGGCAGAGUCCGGAUCCAAACUCCUGAUCCGUCCUGCAGGUCUGAACUUUUCCCUCCAAGCAGAAAGACUUUCUGAGGCCUGAUGAUCGGACCUUCUGAAGACCAGAAGAAGAUGGAGAUGUUCUUCUCAGCGCUGCCUCUGCUGGCCUUCCUGCUGCUCCCUGGUGUCUCUGCAACGCCAGGAGGACUAUGGGAGGACAACAAAUAUGGCCGCCACAGCUCUGAGGUGCUGCACCCCGAGCACAACUGCAGCUGGACCUGCAUGCUGUUCACCCUGCAGUGGCCAGGGGGGUUCUGCCAGUCUUUGUACAAAAAGACCCAGUGCAGGAUUCCUCAGAACAUCAGCAGCUGGACCAUCCAUGGCCUCUGGCCUCUCCGUACUCAGAGGUGCUGCAGCUGCUGGCCGAUGUUCCCCUCUGAUGUCCAGGACCUGGAAGAAGAGUUGGAGGAGUACUGGCCGUCGCUCCUGAAGACCAAACCCUGCUCUCAUUUCUGGAAGGAGGAGUGGAUCAAACACGGAUCCUGCGCUGCGUGUGUUGAAGGAUUCAACUCUCCUCUAAAAUACUUUCAGAUCUGCCUGAAACUACGUCACCAGUUUGACAUCUAUGGACUGCUGCGGGAUGCAGGCAUCACUCCGUCCUGUGAGCGACUCUACAAGGUCGCAGAGGUCCAGAAGGUCCUGGUGCCACACGUCGGAGACAAACAUGAGAUCCAGUGUGUGAAAGAUGAGCAGGACAGACAGGUGCUGUUCCAGGUGAAGGUCCGGCUGUCCCGUAACCUCACCAUCGGCUGUGAUCACCACGGAGACACCGACGGGGGCCCAGCAGCCGGACCGGGUCCUGCAUCUGGACCGGGCCCUGCAGCCGGACCGGGCCCUGCAGCCGGACCGGGUCCUGGACCCCCACCCCCCCCGGGCCACCCCUGCCCCCCAGACGAGCCGUUCUUCUACCUGCCCAUAAAGCACGAGGAACCGUGGCGACCCUGCGGCUGAUCCUCAGCUUCAGAUGUUCUGAGAAGUUCUGCUUUCUGCUGCUUUUUCUUCUUCGUGGAUCCAGAACCGCAGAUGAAUGUAUGAGUAAAGUUUGCUUUAGGUAGCAGGAUGGCGGUGGACGUUGAAAGAUGUGGUUGGCUCUCCCUAACGGUACCGAGCCCUCAGGAUUAAACUAGAAUAUUAACAGCUCCAGGGUCCAGUCCAGCAGAACUUCCUCUAGGGGGCGCCACAGCACGUUUACACCCAGCAUCCUCCUCCCUGUAGUUCUGAAGCUUGUAGUCCAGCCCAUCUUGACCUGCUGCUGUUUUCUUUCUUCUCUUCAUCUCUUUGUCUUCUCACUGAAACGUUCUAAAAUAAAGUGGCAGCUCCACCUCUGA